AUGGCUUCUAGCAUUACUGGCAACAAGGCGUCAAGCGGUGCGACGCAGAGCAAUACUUGGAUCAAAUUGUCGCUGCUCGAACAUAACAUCAACACAACACCAAAUGCCGCCGCCCCAAUGAUCGCUCAAGAUAUCAAAAACAAUAACGAAGACGAUAAAGAAAGGAAACUUCUUGACGACCUUUCAUCAGUAUCAGGUGACUACGCGAGAUAUAAGAAUAUCAACCCAGAAAGAGUCCCUGGAACUUGCGAGUGGUUCUUGGGGGAUGACCGGUUCUGCGAAUGGCGAGAUAGCCAAACUGGAGCGCUGUUAUAG